ACCACACUGAGUCCAAGCUGUUUAUUUUCUCGAAUCGGAAAAUUUUUUGAGGUUUUCUGACUGCCUUAAUAGAAAAUCGCCGGAAAAGCGGUGAAAACGCAGAGCAGCCAUGUCGGCCUUCACGGAGACGGCGCUCCUCAAGAAACUGGGCGAGCUGAACAGCAGCCAGCAGAGCAUCCAGACCUUAUCCUUGUGGCUGAUUCACCACCGCAAACACAGUGCGGCGAUCGUAAAGACCUGGCAGCGGGAACUGGAGAACGUUCCGGAGCCCAAGAAGCUGACCUUCAUGUACCUGGCCAACGAUGUGAUCCAGAACAGCAAGAAAAAGGGUCCGGAAUAUGGCAAGGAGUUCAACCAUGUGCUGGGCAAGGUCUUCGCCCACAUCGGCGAGAAGUGCGGCUCGGAUAAGCUCCUGGGCAGCCUGGGCAGGAUCCUGAACAUCUGGCUGGAGCGCGGAGUAUACGAUCCCAAGGCCAUUGCGGAAUGGAGGUCACGACUGCACCGGGAAACGGGUGGCAGCAGCAGCACCAAUGGCAAGUCCAAUGGAGGCAGUGAAAAACCGGAAAAGCCAGAAAAGCCGGAGCGGGAAAAGGAGCACGCCAGCAGCAGCAGCAGUGGCAGCAAGGAGAAAUCCGAACGCCGCGAGAAGCGCAAGCACGAGGAUCGCCACUCCAAGUCGAAGCGUUCGCGGCCACAUGCCCCGAGCAGCAGCAGUAGCGCCAAUAAUGCUCCUCCGCCCGAGGAGGUCGUUGUUGUCGAGCCGGAAAACGGCCAUACACCGCCAUACUUGCCUCUAGGGGAACCCCCAGAACCCGAGGAGCUGAUCAAGGCUCUCACGAACAUCGAGAACUCCGCCUCCAGCGAUGCGGUGGUGCGCGAACGGAUCGCCAAGCUGCCGCAGGAAAUAUCCGAGAUUAGCUGCAUCAGCAAGCUGGAGGACAAGGACAAGGCCAAGGCUCUGGCCGUGCAGGUCAACGAAGCUGUGGAUUUGCUCAAUGAUUACAAUGCUCGACUGGCGGCGGAAAUGGAAGACCGCACCAAGUUGGCCACCAUGCUACGGGAUUUUCAAGUGGAGCAAAAGGAACUUCUCUCCCAGGCUGAGCUACGUCUCGAUGAACACAAGAAGAAGCUGGCCAAGAUGUUGGGCCUGCAGAAGGAGAUCCACGACCACCUCUCCAACCUGCCCGACCUGACUCAAUUGCCUGAUGUGACCGGCGGACUGGCACCCCUGCCCUCCGCCGGCGAUCUCUUCAACGCGCUGCAUUAACUAAGAUCCUGAUCCGGAUCCCGAUACUGAUCCUGAGCCGUAAGGAGCCACUUAAAGUCAAGCCUAGAGUUUAUACGUAUAUUUGCAAUUGCCCCCUUACUGGCACCCUCGCCCGCAAAUCCAAUGAUUGUAAUCCAAACACACCCACUAAUGACGUUUUAAAUACAGCUUCUAAUUGCAAGCAACUUA